AUGAAUCCACAUUCUUCAUGGCUAAAAUUUCACCAAAUAGAGCGUUUGCCCAAUCAAUUCAACAAUGGUAAUGUUCAGCCAAACCAUAUUCCUAACGGGUUAGAUUCGCAAAAUCAAUUGAUGGCACAUCAAGGUUUCUUGACCUCGCAAACUCAUAUUGCUCACGUACAUCAUCAGCAUCCAGAAGCAAGUAAAAAUAAUUGUGGCCAAUUCUUGGCUAACAAAGAUAACUUCCCAAUAAAUAUUGAUCAACCUAACAUGACUUCGGAACAUAUCCAGAGAUCCAACAACAACGUUGCUACUCAGAAUUCCAUUCCCCAAGUUUGCCAUUUUGAUCAAACCAAUGGAAUAACCACAAGUGCGAAUGCACAUAAUGGAUACCAAUUUCCACCAUAUGGAGCUUUAGAAAAGCAUCAAGGUUAUCCUGGAGGCACAAGUAAAGUGGUGAAGAACUGUGGGCAGAAUGGAAAUUUUAGAGGCAAUGUUCAUUUUCAUAAUGCUCAUCAAUUCCACGUUGCAUCAGCGAACCAUUCAAUUGAUCAAACAAGCCAAUUGAUUCAUCCUCAUCAACGUAUUGGAUACCAUGAUGUACUAGGUAAUCAAUACGACCAACUGAAUCAAAGUAAUAAGAACCAACUAGUGGGCAACCGACAACAUCUUCCAAUGGUCUUCAAACGAGGGCCUAUUUUUGUGGACCUCACAAGUGAUGACGAAAACGAGCAAACGGUUCCUCAGGCGCAGCCGGUUCUACAAGACAAAGGAGGUUUGAAUGGGCUGCCCAAUCAUCAGUUUUCAAACCAAAAGAGUGGAGGAAUCGGUAAUAAAGAAGUCGAUCAUCAAGCUAUUCAGCCAGCUAAUGGUACUUUGGAAAAUAACGCCAGAAUGAAUUUGAACCCAAAUAUCAGGAGCUAUUUCCAACCAACCCAUCCACAUCCUCUUUUGAAUAGUAAUCAGUUUUCCACCCAAGAUUUCGAAUCCAAGAACCAGUCUGUUGCUCAUAAAAGCAUUCUAGGAUCAAAUUCCGAACUUGGGCAUCAGAUUCAUCAUGUCCAUCAAACUGAAGAAACAAACCACUGGAACUUCUCCAGAGGAGCCCAACCAUGUCAAGACCAUUUUCCUGGCCACUUCAAUCAGAAAGUCCAUGGAUCAAUCCUUGGUGAAAAUUAUGCACACCACUCACAAUCUGAUAGGCAAGGACAUCAUAUACCGAGUCUACAUCAUCAAGGACAUAUGCCUAAUCAUGCUCCAUUCCAUAGAAAUGAUCCAGGUCAUCAUCUAGGAUUUGUUGGCCAUCUCGCAAACAAAGAGCCAUAUCAGUUUAGCCAGCAAGACCAACUUUGUGUCAAUGAGCAACAUUUUGGACACAGACUUCACAAAAAUAUCCAUCAGAGUUUUGAGCAGAACAAUCCCGACUUUGGAGAUGGGAAUAUAAUACAGAAUGAAGCCCUAGCAGGUCAACCAAAACAUGGACUUUCUCCUGAUCAAUUGAACCAACCUUCUCCAGGAACUCAGCCUUGCGCAGUUUUGAAUUACAAUCAAAGUCAAAAUCCAUCCCAGAAUCAGAGAGCAGAAUUUGAUUUCUCUGUAUCUACGAAUUCGUCAGAGUCUGAACCAAAAACACCGAGUUCCGCUCUUCCAACAGAUAUUUCUUCUAUAGAAACCGAGAUACAAAUUGAGAAAAUCUGCCGCAAUUGUGGAUCGAAAAACAAGAAGAGGUUUGAAAAUAGGACAAUGCUGUGCAAUACUUGUGGAAUGUACAAACGUCGUACAGGGAAACAUAGACCCGAGGAAUGUUGGAAGCGGAGAACAGGUGAUGUUCAAAAAGAGGAAGAUGAUGAUUCUCCUGGAUGGAAAAAACUUACAAAAUGUGUGAAUUGUGGGGAAGCUCGUAGAAGACGUGCUGCUUUUGAGCGCGAAUACAGAUGCUCAAAAUGCAAUGCAUACAAACUGAAAUUCAAAAGGGAGCGACCGAAACAUCUAUGGAACAAUGCCCAGUAUCAGAAGAAGUCAGAUUAUAAAAAGAAGGAAGUCCCAAUUAGUGGAUUAGGUGGUCAUCCUCCCUAUCAACCGUCUGCAGCCAUAUCCCAAGAUGCUUUUGGAGCAAUCAUAAAGCCUCCGAGCUGUAUGAACUGUGGAAAACCAUGCACCAAUUUCCCGGAAAAUUGGCAGAAGCCAGAGUGCGGUCCAUGCAUCUUCUACAAAAACAAAAAAAGUGUUAAAGUGUCUGGUAGAACUAAUAACUGA